AUGGGAUUUUUGAGUGGUGUUCUCAGUAACAUCAAAGAUCAUUUAGGGCAGCAUAAUAAUGAAAUUAGCAAUGCAAUUAAGUCACUUGAGACCUGUAAACAUGGUGGUAAAUUAGGUUUUAAUGAUGCGAUUGGAAGGGUGGUCGAAGGGGUGCGGGGGUAUAAUGAGAGAGUUAAGAACUCUAAUGAUUCUGUCAAGAGCAAGAUAACAGACUUGGACAGUCAAAUGAAGAAACUCAAACAAUCGGUGAGUGAAGAUUUAAAAAAUAAUUUUGCUGCAGGUGCUGGAAGAAUUGUGCAGGGAUCCGUGGACUCUGCUGACCAAUUGGUGAAGACAUGCCUUAACAACGCAGACAAAUUUAAUGAAUCUUUAGACACUGCAAAAUAUGAAAACGUGAAAAACGCAAUUAAUGAUCUUAACUCUAUUGUGCGUGAUGAUGUGAAUAAAGCGCGUGCCUGUGUUAAGCUUGAGACGGAGCAGUUCGCUGCUCUGUCGAGUAAGCAGCAGGAAGAUCGAAAGGUGAUGAGGGAGAAAAUAGAGCGUUGUUUGACAGACCUGGGAACUUGCGUGAAUGAUAGUAUCAAGAAAAAGGUGAAAAAUCUUGUUGACGAUUUAAGCAAGAAGGUGAAUGAAAUUAAGAGGCAGCUGGAGGAAAUAAAGAAACAGCUUAUGGAGUAUAUAGGAGAGUUGACGACGUGGAUUGGUCAAGCAGAGCCUUUGAUUAAUUCGGCGUUUGGGAAGGUGGAAGAGAUAUUAAAGGAAGUUAAUGAAGGUGAUUCGGAAAAGAAACCUUUCCUCAUCGCAUCGGCUGUUAGAGAGAUUACAGCAUCCGUAUUGAUACUACACGGCGCCGGUGAAGAGGCUAAAAAGCAUGUCAAAGAGAAAGUGACUGCAGCACUUAAGCAGGUUAAGGAGAUGAACGACGAGCUGAAGAAGGAUUUGUAUAAGGUCAAAGGAGCGAUUAAGAAAGCGAUUUGGGAUCACGUUAAUGAAAAUAUUGUGACGACGCAUUUCAAUAAUUUGGAAAAAAAUGUGAGAGAAGGAUUGUGGAAGAUCGAAAGUGCGAUCAAGACUCCGCUCGAAAGCACAGUAGAAAAAUCGUCUUUUUUUUUUGAAAAAUUCGAAGACACGAAGAAUGCAAUUGAGGAGGCAGUUAAGAAUGUAGAAGGAAAUUUGCAAAAUCUCGAGGCAUUCAAGAAUAUUGAGAGCAUUGGCAGCGGCGUCGAAGGCAAUGUUCAGCUCUUAAGCUCUUUGACGAGGGCACCAUUCACACAACUUAAAACAUAUUUCACUCAUCUCAAUCAAGACAUUAUGAUACCUCUAAAAAACAUAAUGCAGAAUAGGGGAUGGCAAGAAAUUAUUCGAUAUGCUGACGCAAGAUAUGUAAAUCAUAACAUUAAAGAUGUUAAGGAUGAACUUUCUAAGCAUCUAACGACACUUCAGAGUGCUGUCAAGGGCAGCAACCCAGGUCUUAAAUUUCAAGAAGUUGAAGCACAGCUGAAGAGCACAGUUGGCGACAUGUUUAACGUAAAAAAUAACAUCCAAGAAAAACUCGGUAGUGUUAUUGAACUGCAAGGGAUGAUAAACAAACUUCAGCAGUCACCGCCAACAUUAGAACAGGGAGAUGCUGCAAAGAUUUUCACUGCCUUAGGUCAAAUAGCCGAAGGUGUUGCCGAACAUUACAAAGAGGUUGUUGAGGCUACCAUAGAUGCCAUAACAAAGAAAUUGGAAAGCGAAGUGAAGGGUGUGACCGCAGCUAUCAGAAAAAAGGUGUCAGCAAUAUAUAGUGGCAUAAAAGAUGCCAAUGAUGAAGAAAAAAAAAUAGAGUACAGUGCGGGAAGUCUACAUGAAAAGGCUCGAGGAUUACUGACUCUGGUGAACAGUUAUAAGAUGAAUGUUAAAGCUGAGCUUGAGAAGCUCAAAACGGAAACUAUACCGCAAGCGUUCAAGAAGAAGUCGCUGAGCGGUCCAGAUUCGAAAGAUUAUAACUUUGGUAGUGGUAUCAUGGACGAUUUCAUACGCACUCACGCGGAACUAAACACUGAGCUUCAGGCGAGCAAAUUUCAGGCAGCUGUCGCUGAAAAACUUAAUACAGAGAUCGGAAGGGAUGCAUUGAUACAGGGAGGUGGUGUAGGUGGUAAAAUAGCGGAAUUUUUGAAAGAUAAAUACCCGAAUUACACAGGGCAAAUCAACCAAGAUACUCUUGAGCUCUUGAAGACUAAGCCUGAUGAGCUAAAAGGUGACCUGCCUGAAAAGAUAAUAGACAUUAAGACCCAGGUAGAAAAUGCUUUGAUAAAAAUCGACAGUGAAAAGGAAUACGCAGUAAAGGAAUUGGAAAAAAUCACUGCCACCCUUCAUGAGCUUUGCCAGGCUGUAAGAGCCGCCGGUGACCACGCUCAGGGGAGUCUGAAACAAUUGCAGGACACGUACUUCAAUACAUCUGAAUACGCUAAAAACGGCAUUAGAAUAAUUCAGUAUCAGCUUACCAAUCUGCAAGAAGAUGACCUGGCAAAAGCCAUCAAGGAAGCCACCAAAUUCUUACAUGAAGCUGAAAAAAUACGCGACGAUACCACUCGAUCCCUAAAAAUCGAUGUCGACGGUCAAGUCAAAGAAGUCAAAAGGCAACUCACCUCCGAGCUCGACAAGCAGUACAUCACCACCAUGGCGCUGCAGCUCGACCACUUCGCCGACAGGGUCACCGCGCACCUCAAGGGACUGCCCGAGGCGAUCGAACAAGACAAGAACACUGGCUUCAAAGGCUUCAUGGAGGCGUUCGAGGGGAAGCCGGAAGUUAAGCCGAGGGAGAAGUAUGCUUUCGAAGCGCCUACAGUUGAACUGAGUAAACUUGAAGAGUUUAAAGGAGCUGUUACUAAGCCACAUAAUUCCAAGAAAGAUGAAUUUAAAACGCUGUCGGAGGAGUUCAAGAAAUUGUACAUCAACCUCCACCUAUAUGUCAACAAAGAGACCGUAAGGGUGAACGAUGAAGAGAACAGCAAGAAGCACCCCGCUGGAACGGACAUUCAUGACUACCAACGCAGGCUCUUAGCAAUGUAUGACCGCUUCAAUGAGUUGAUGUUGCACAUUGCUAACGCAAACAGGUAUGAUCAUCAGAUACCAGGCCUGCUCGAUGGGCUGUUGGAGGCGCUCCAUGACCUCAAACCGGACGGCUUCGCUAAACCCAGUACGCCGGUUAUAGAUUGUGUCUCCAGCGGUUUAACGAACUUCAUCGGUGAGCUGAGUAGAGUUUACAUAUCCGCGUAUGACAGGCAGAAGUUUGGUGAGUUGGUGAAAAAUCCUAACACCGAAUAUUCUGUGUUGACUAAAGAAGGACGUGACUGCGCCAAAACGUUCCUGACUUUACUGGCGAUUCUAAAUGACGACCUGAGCUAUUUUAGAGAUCAAUGCAAUUCAGAAUGGUCGAAGCGUAAACUGUAUUCCGGUAGCAGUCUUGGUUCAUUUUUGCGAAGGUGCGGUUACCGUGUUGCCAUCAAAGAGACAGAUCAGAACGGUGAGCUGCAGAACAAAACUGGUUUCACCGGGUCAUCAAUUUAUGGAAAGUUAGUCGGAGAAAAUUAUGAUCACGUCUACCGCAAUGAUAAGGACACCAAAUUUGCACUUGAAAAUAUGUAUGCGUACCUCACCCUUUAUUACGAUGUCUGCCACAUCGCCGCUUCCUUGUCGACUCGGCGACCGUGUUCCAUAUACGAAAUGCUCGGUUGGUUCACCAGUCUGGUCCAUCACCCAGUCUACUUCGAGCUCACAACGAACGAUUUUGCUGAUCUUUUCGAUAAGCCCAAGAAGAAAGCGGGGGGCAACGCUGCGGUGGACGGCAUCACCUUCGAAGAACCAAGCAGCCUGCUGUUGAAUGCUUACCCACAGAACCUCACGCCUAGUGAUCUACAUGACGCAGUUAUGCACGUCACGUCCCUUGCUCCAGUCAUCCUGACUACCAUCGUCGGUUACGGUGAUGAGUUCACCACCUACGCCGUUGACUACCACAGUAACGCCGCUGGAUUUGCGAUCCCCUCAUCGCCUUCGUCAUGUCUCAACAUGUUGCUCGAAUUGAUGCGUCGACUGUUUCCUGUGUUCAGAUUCCUGCACAGCCGCUGUAGCAACCUGGCAUCGGAGUACGGUUGGUAUCACUGCGCCUAUGGCAGCGAUGUAGAGUCCGCCGGUUGGCAGUGUAAGGACCACUCGAAAACUGAUGUCGAGUGCCGUCCCAGAUCACCGCUCAUGUCGUACCUCCGUGACUCCCUUCCCGGCCACUUGCCUCACCAACUGACCAGCGUUGACUGUAAAUCGGAAUGUAAGACGUGUCCCAAAUUAACACCCGGGAUGCCAUGUAUCACGCCACUCGGCUUCAAGGGUUUCUCGGGAAGCAAAAGGACGGGUAAAGACAUAAGCAACGUGCUGAUCAAAUUCUUCGACAAAGGCGUCGCUUCAUGCCUGCUGUCCCUGUCGCCCAGACCCCCGAGCAGCUUGCCAGAACACUAUGCUUUUGCGUUGUCCUUCGUGAAAGGAUGGUCAUUUGGUAGUAGUAACGGGCUGAAACAGAAGAUUGAAUCUACAAUGAAAACAGCAUCUAUCGAUUUGUAUUCCGAUGCAUCUCCUCUUACCAAUGCGCUGACGCAAGCCUAUGGUGAUGCACGAAGCAGCCAUGGCACCAACCAUCCCAAAUCAUCCGAAGAUGCUGUAUCAAGCCUGUCAAUCAGUACUAGAUGCAACGGUGCGAAUCACUGCGGGCCUUAUUUGUCUACCCUUUACUCGGACACUUAUCCUUACUUCGGCAACAAACACUGCGACGCAUACAUGUCCUGGUCGGUUUAUUUGCCGUGGACGUUUUGGCAGCAACUCAACAGUUUGUAUAACGCAUUCUUACAGAUAUUCUGCCAAGACUGGGGAUGCACUGGCUGCUUGAGAGGGGACACCUGCAAAAAAGGGACGCACGGUAUGCUCAACCCGGACGUCCCUGGCGACGGAUGCAAAUGCCCAUCGAUUGUUGGAUGCAAGGGAGUGGGUCCUACAUUAUACCAAUAUGGUUUCACAUUCCAAGAUGUACAUUGUCUGAUAUCCAACCAAACGAAAUGCUUCAACCUGCGCAAUCAGUUAUUUAGUGUGCUGCAUUCGCAAUAUUUCAAGGACCUCUUCGAAAAGUGUGAUGAGUUCCUCUGGAUCAUCAGGCAACCCUUCUCCUACCUUGUCCUUGCCCUCUGGCUCCUCUCUUUGUUGUACCUCAUCCACAUCAUGGUCAUCCGCCUCGACCUCCUCCACAUCAAAUCGCAUCUACAUAGUCCCUCGAGUCAUCGCAUCGCCGCGCAAUCGCUGUUGGCUGCUGCACGUGUUAACAAGCUUAACAGGGUGUUUUACCUGCAACCGUAA